UGGUUGUACACGACAAACGUCAGAAAAAUUUGCUGUGUUUACAUUUCUCAUUUUCCGCUUCACCUGUGUAAUUGUGUAGCAUGUUUGGCGUUUUGUUUAAAUUUAAAUUUUAAAAGUUUUAACAAAUUUUUAGUAACAAUGUCUAUUGCUAAAUUAUUCGUUAAAAUUUUUGGUGAAGAUAUUUUUGAUAAAACUGAUACAAAUUCACAAGAGCAGGAUGUUGAAGCGGAAGCAUCUUGUCCAAAGCCGCAAGAGGAAGGAGCACUGCCCUUAACAGACUAUUGCAGGCAAAUGACAAAAGUUAAAAGCUGGUUGAACAACAAACUGAGCGAAAUCGAUGAGAAUUGUCUAGAAGCAGUUAUAACACAGCGUACACAAAUGUUAGCAAGACUGGGUCCACCUCAUGUUGCUUUCGAUAUUGAUUAUUCUACAAAUGUAAGACCAUCAGCGGACAGGCUUACAAUACGCUCUCAGGGCACCUUCAACACUGUUAAAGCAAAUGUUUGUGUUUUUGGAGGACGUUGGAUGUAUGAGAUAUUAUUGCAUACUAAAGGAGUUAUGCAAGUUGGAUGGGCUUCACCAACAUGCACGUUUUGUGACAAUCAAGGUGUUGGCGACUCGCUAUUGAGUUACGGAUAUGAUGGCUGUAAACAACAAAUUUGGCACAUAUCUGAGAAGAAAUAUGGCGAAAGAUGGGAAGUUGGUGAUAUAGUCGGUAUCACUAUAGAUUUCCAAAGACAGGAAAUUGAAUACUAUCGAAAUGGCAAAUCAAUGGGUGUGGCAUUCAAAAGAAUAGAGACAGGUCCUGGUAUUGCAUAUUUUCCAGCAAUAUCAUUAAGUUUUAAUCAAAGCGUUUUUGGAAACUUUGGUAAUAUGCCUUACGUUUAUCCUAUUGAGGGGUUUAUGCCGAUGCAAGCUAAACCAAUUGCACAUGUACUAAAAGCGGAUCUUUUAUUGGGCUAUAUGAGUAAUUUAGCUGAUAUAAUAGCACGAAAAACAAGAAAGCAAUAUGAACAGGGUGUAUCCACCAAAAAAACUGUAUAUGUUAUUUUUUGUACUUUGCUGAUUGAAAGGCUAACAGCGCACUUAUUUGAUUUAUAUGUCAUAGCGGAUAAAUUAUUAGCAUACAUAAAAGACUUAUGUCUAGCUAGUGAUGUAGAAAAACAAGCUAAAAUAAUUCCUGGUGCAACUGGUAGCUUGUUAGGUGGUGUGCUAUCAAUUCUUUGGAAUUAUUUAGAGAAAGAAGAAAUUUCGUAUAUAUUAAAAAAAACCGUAAAUACGUUGUUAAUUGAAUAUGUUCAAUCCCAUAAAGGUUUGGAUUACCAAAAUCAGAAAACUGCUAUAACUACUUUAAACUGUCUGUGCAAUGAUAUUAAAACGCGAAAAUUUUUAUUAGAAAAUAAAUUAUUUAGAAAGCAUUGUUUAGCGUUAUUUAUGUACAUAAGACCACCACGGCAUCAGUAUUUAGAGGAACUAUUACCUAAUAAUGCAGCAUGGACUGAAGGUAUUGGUGGACCAAAAGCGAAAUAUUUGCUUACAGUGGAUAAAGUUCUUAAAGCGGUGGAGCCCUUGUACCUAGUUCAAAAGGCAUUCCUUUUUACUCUUUUAGUUAACACUGAUGGCACAGAUACUUCACCGUCUAGUCGCAAAUGGUUCAUUACAAAAUUAAGACGAUACGUUAUGGACCUCAGUGCAGAGCAGAGACCGUUCCAUUCCUUCUUUUUUAUGCAAUCUAGCAUACACUAUCCAAUACAAGAUCAAGUUUCUCUAUCAUUACUAUGUAUUCUUAUCGAUAUAACGAGAAAUUCGUUUGAAAAAGAAGUGAAUAAACAGAAACCAAUUGUCGAUUGCGAGUAUUUCUUUAAAUUUGAUUAUUACCAUUUUGAUCGUUUGGGUGGUGUAAUGUCUCAUUUAAAGAAAGUUUUUCGAGAAGAAGUCAACCAGUACCUUGGUCCAGAACGUAUUCAAUAUAUAUCAGAUGAGGAUCGUCCAGCUGUCCAUUUAGCACAAAUAAGUGAUGCUACACUGAUUUUAAAUAUCGGAAACAGAGCUCCAGCUCCUACUAUAAAUCGCAUACCACAAAGUGUUACAGCAACGUUUACGCAUUACUUCAAUCCGCGCGCACAACCAACAGUUCAACCAAGUCCCAGCACUAUUACAGCUAAUGAGUCCUUAUGUGAACUUCUCGACACAUGUGUUCUAUUUUAUUACUCAGUCGGACAUAAAUAUAUAAUGAAAAUAACCACAGCUCGAGAUGAAAUUGCUGUGCUAAAUGAGGUUUUGCGUGAAACCAAAGGCUAUCGGGAAAACAUAGAAAAAAAGUUGAAAAUUGUAGAAGCUCAUGCCACGGUUUGUUUGGAUGAAACACACUGCCAUCAGUUCGCAGAUUUAACACAAAAAUUUGGUUUAAGAGAAAAUGUUUUUGCAAAACGUUCGAUUGAGUUGGCACGUAAACAGAUUUGGUUUAGAGCGGUUGCACUUGGUAAAUUGCGUCGUCUAAACUUUGUUUGGCUUUUGGAAUCAAUUUUUCGUACUUUAAAUGCUUCAUCAAACUUAGAAGCACUCUUUGCUUUUGUGCCAGAGAUUUAUAUUAAUAUACUUCCUAUAAUGCUGGACACUAUUAUGGAUUUCUCAAACCAUGAAUUAAUGCUUCAAUUUGAAAUGUCUGAUGCUGAAUGUGUUAUUGAUGAAGCGGCAGAGUUUUUAUCUGGUCAUGCAGCAGAUCAACGAGUUGUUAUAGCCUCUUGCAAAGACGCAUUGCUACAAGGAUUAGGUACUUUGGCUUGCCAUCGUAGUGGUAUGCGAGCUCUGGAACGUACACCAACCACUAGUCAAGUAACAUUAAUAAAUGCCUUAUUACGUCCAUAUGAGAACCGAGCCUGGGGACAAAGCAAUUGGCUAUUAUUGCGUUUCUGGCUUGGGGACGGUUUUGCUUUUAGAGAUGCCCGCCAACCAAGUCCAUGGCUUAGUGGUAAUGAACCAGUAUAUAAUGGUUUAUGUCGAAGUCGUGCCAAAAACGAAACACAUACCGGCUUACUACAUCAUAUUGCACCACCAAAUCCAUCCAAAACAUUCCAAAGAAUGAUAGGCUCAAUGCUUACAGAUGAUGAGCCAUUCGCUACUACAUUUUUGAAUUCUGUUCUUAGUCAAUUGAAUUGGGCAUUUUCGGAGUUUAUACUUUUAUUACAAGAAAUGCAAAAUUUAGCAAAUCGUCAGGAAAAUGCAGUAUUCGAAGCAAAACAAUUAAAGAUAUGCGCUAUGUGUUUUGAAUUAACAGUUUCUUUAUUACGUUGCUUAGAGAUGAUAAUCACAGUAGCUCCCGAAAUAUUCCACGAUGCAUCGAGGGCAAAUAGUGAUUUAAUCCUUAAUCGUGUUUGCCAAUUAGUGAGCCAAGUUUUAUCACGCGUAACUGUGCCACCAGGUUGUUUCCAAUUUGUUAUUGAUAUGUGUGCUGCUGAAUUGGAAUCUGUAUCGCAUUUUCCCAUAAUAGCAGCAUCAUUGGGUAUUAUUGUAGCGUUAAUGCGCCAAGAAUUGGAUUCCGAGUUAUAUCCACCAAAGGUGACACGCAUAUCACGCGCAUUGCUAACUGAUCCUAGUUUUCAAUUUGCCAAUUUGGAAUUUGCUUUGGAUGAGGUUAGAACGCCUAUAUUGCAACAAACCGAAAUACCGCGCGGUAAUUUUGAUCCUCAACAGCGUGCACAUAUUGAUCCCUUAACAAAUGAUGUCCGGGUACCAAUACCAGCAAUUGCCAAACGUUUACGAGCUAGUCCUCCAUUUAUUAAAUUUUCUUUGAAAGAUUUUCCUUCGCAUGUUAAAGUAAAAGAGCUGGAAGAUACACGUAAGCUUAUUGACGUAUUACGUGCAAAACAGUCGUUGUUAUCAGAUAUAACUUUGCCAUCUGAAGAUUCAUUAUGCCCAAUUUGUUGUGCAAAAUCUAUAAAUGUAGUUUUCCAUCCAUGCAAACAUCAGUCCUGCAGAAAUUGCAUUCUACAACAUCUUAUGAAUUCCAAACUUUGUUUCUAUUGUAAAUCAUUAAUCGAAACAGUAACCGGACCUGAUGGCGCCGUUCUUUAUCAUAAUACAGAAGACGUUCUACCCCCACCAGUUUAUGAUGAUGACUUUUAAAAAUUUUUUUAAAUUAAUAAUAAUGAAAUCACACCUUCCCACCCUAUAAAUUCAAAUACAAUACU